ACGGGCCACUUUGCAGAUUAUUCAUAGCCGUAGUAGUAGCUCAACUUCCCCCAAAAGAAAGUAAGCAAACGCCGUUGAAAAGGGUUAGGAGUUCGAACAAAUACAAGGCUAAGAAAUCUCGAAACUAUCAAUAUCUUUUGAGAGAAAUCCAGCUAGCAAGGCUCAAGAUGUUUGGGGCAAUGCAGAGGGUAAUUUCCGGAGGAGACGUUGCUUCGCAUGCUCUGGCAGAACAAGCAGUCUCAGAGAAUGGACAUGAAAACGGGUCUGAAGGCAUGCCAGCCUCCAGCGUGGAUUUUAGACCAUCCGCUUCAGUGGAAAAUGAUUGUAGUAUGCACACGCCCAGUAGUUCUCUUAGUGAUAUGAGUAUAGGCAGAAGGGAACAGGAGGCAGAAAACACGGCUUCACCACGGGUUUCCAAGUCUCCCACGAUUUCUCAUUUUAUACCGACUGUUGCGAUUGCGACUCUGUCCGUGGAAGGGCAAGAUCGAGGAAAUCACCGAGCAGAAAUCCUUGGACAAAUUCAAACUCAAAUGCAAACACAGCUGAAUAGUCAGAACACACCCAUGCUCAUCCGAAAAGAUUCAAGAGUCUCCAGUGAUUCGUCUUCAGCUACAUCCAUGAAAGCUGCUAGCAGUCAAAAUAGCUCUCGGGAUUGGGGGUGGUUUGAAGAUGUACACGAAUCCCAAAAUAGUCAGACACAGAACAGUCAACAUCGACGCAAAAGCAGCAACAGUGGAAACAAGAAAAAGGCAAGGUUGGUUCCGUCGUCUGAAAUAACGAGCUCGUCGUCCGAAGGUUUGGUUGAAUCCAUUCUACAAAAGCAGCAAAGUCGCCAUCCAGACGCUGCUGCAAUGGCCGUUACAGCACCGACUUAUGUUCUGGAAGAAUCUUUGAGCAGCCAGAAACUUUGGAAAUAUACAGCAGGCAAUCGUCCUCCUCAACCAGUCGAAGAAAGGGCCUUUUACGAACAAAUGUGGAGUCAAAAUUUUGCCCGCUCUAAGGUGGACUACAAUGUUCCAGUGGAAGUGUUGACUGCCACAACACCUAUAUCAAUGUCGCCAUUUGCUGACGGUAGUUUUGAUACCUCAAAUGCAAUGGCAGCUGUUGCGGCGGCUGAAUCUGGAUCAAAAAGCAAGACGCCUACAGCUGCGAUUGCAGAGGCCACUUUGCAAAACAUGCAAACAUCUGAAAUCAUCAUUUCUAAUAGUAGAGACAAAGUUGUGCACAAAACGGUCAAAGGAAGCAGCAGCGAGGGCGACAUUACAGUCUUGAUUAAGGGCGACAACGUUUUUGGAACAACAGUCAGCAAAUCAUUCGCCCGUCCAAGCGUUAAUGGAGGCCCUGUGGUCGGGGUAGACACUGUAAAUAUAUCAAUUGCCAGUUAUCGUGUUGUAGAGAGCAAGAAACAUGGCAAGUAUGCCCAGUUCCUUGUCAUCUAUAGAGAAGGUAGCAUUCGAGACACUAUUGGCAUCUGGAAACGGUAUUCUGAUUUUCAUGAGUUGUCCAAAAAGGUCACCCAGGCUCAUGAGGGUUGUGCAAGUGUCAUUGCGAAUAUGUCUCCCUUGGCGAUAACCCAGGAACACGAAGUUGAACACCUGCCAAAUGCAAUAACUAGCUGGAGGCUACUGAAAAAACGACAGCGGUGGUAUCGAUGUCUGGACGCUGGAUAUCUUUCACUGAAAGUUUUUUUGUUGGAGAGAUUUCUUCAUGAUAUUCUUUUUGAAUCGUCCAGUCCCAAUCUAUUGCGUGAAUUUAUCUCGAAUGGACAGCAACUUUUGGAGCUUAUAGAUGCUUCAUAA